CCAGAAUCAGUACAAAAUAAAAUUUACUCAAAAAAUUACCCAAAAUGCAGUGCAAAACUAUUCAGGGUCUCUAGUUUUCAUACACAAACUGUUGGACUCGGUUUAGCGUGAACCGCUCAACAGCUGUCAGUCAACAACACCAAAACAAAGGCCGCAACGAAAAUUUGCGCUCGGCCGUUUAUAAUUUACUGUUCAAAAUCAGCUUAUUUACCAGCUGCAGAAAAAGUUGCUGACUCUUCGCACUGCCGCCAAGUGUGAUAUGAUGGGUGGAAGUCGCUGGUGGCAUCGUUGAAGGAACUGUUUCAGCCGGGUGUUGGUGUACGGAUAACAGCGUGAUUCAACGGCGGGAGGAUGGUGAGGACGUGGUCAAGCGGUUGCCGAUAGUUAGCGAUGGGAAGUUUUUUGCUGGAGAAAGUCUACGCCCAACGAUCUCAUGCGUACUGUCCCUCGAGUUUUGGGACCGAUGGAAGUGGCAGCCAACUAUCAACGCGCAUUGUCCGGUCCGUAUGCCUGUUAGAGGUUCUGCUGGUGAUUCAUGUCGUGGCCUCCUACGGUGAAGUGGAACGUGUUGUCCUCAGCAAACACCCGAUAUGGGCACCACUCCACGUCGGUCUCAUCAGCUGGUCCGUCCCGAUCGCCCUGAAAGCCGAACUCGUCCAAACGCGGGCCGCCCUAGGUAAAUCUUACCGCCCUUCAACUGCGAUCAUGCGCCAACUAAACGUGAACCGGCAAAUAUUGAGACUGUUUGUACAGAACGAACGGAUUACGAAUGAGAUCCGGCAGGGAUUCGUCGAUUGUUUGAUUUUGAUUGAUGAGUGUCAGGGAAUUGGUGGCCAGAGUUGCAGAUCGAGGAGGCGAUCCUGAAUUGCUGCGAAAGCUGUCCAAAUCCAGCAAGACGUUCCUCCCACCAACGAGGGCUUCGUCAAGAACGCAUACGGCCUGCUCUACUCGCUGUGUUCGUACCUCGGAGGUCAUCCUGUGCAACUGCAACACCGCUGUGCCGCCACAUUCAAGGUCCAAGGUCGCGAUCAGUGAGAAGGAACAAGCGGAUGUGAGUCGCCGAGGGAUGAAGUUGGACAAGAGUUUGGGCUGACGCUUGACCGGACGACGUACGGAACUUCAGACGAGUCCCACGCCCAGAUCGAGAUGGUCAUCGAAAUCUUCCAGUCGUUUGGGGACAAACUGAUUGACAUUCUGUACAACGACUGCACAGAUGGACACGACAUCUGCAAGUACCGACAUGCUGCUGGACAUGGACUUGUUGACCAGCGUGAUUCAGUUCAUCUCGGAGCGCAGCUAUUUGGCGCACCUCAUCGAUAGUCUGUAACCGUCGGUCGGUAAUCGUCCGACUUGAGAAAGAGUUGUGAGGUGGACAUGAUUUAGCGUAGAAGUAAACGUAACAGAAAAAUGUAAAUCAAUCAAAUGAUAAUAUCACGUUUCUUAAACAAUAAAUAAAAAAAAAAUGAUUCUUUUUCAAUAAUUUAUAAAUCUUUUGACACAUUUUAUUGACAUGAACU